AUGGCCGACUUCAACGUGGACAGGUGGACGGACAUCACCUUCGGAACCGUGGCCGGCAGCCGCGUGAGGAGCCGUGAAGAUAUCCUCAUUUUGCGGCCGUUCCCACUCUGGCUCUUCCAGCGGGGUGCGCCAGAGGGGCCAGAGUUGCUGCUGAAGACUCUCCGAGGUGAAAAGAUUGAUUGGGUCAACUACCGCGAGGCCCGCGCGCCCAGCGCGCCGUGCCAACAAUGCAAAGUGGUUAAGCCUUUCGACUACUUCGCGGACGCCCAGGGGGACAAAGCCAGAGCCAACCUGCCUGCCACUUGUCUGACUUGCAUUCAUAAGGAUGGAGGCGCCUGCAAGCGCAAACUGCCUUCCAAUGUUGAGCGGCUGCGCUGCAUUGGCUGCGGCUUCGAGAAAGUGGAGCACUCGUUUCCCCGAGCUCAACUUCGGCAGCCUCGUGCAGAAGAAAGGCGAAAUUGCAUCGCGUGUUUGAAGAACGUCUCGGAGUUGUCUUGCUCGCAAUGCGCAGAGGUGAAGCCGCUGAAGGAGUUCCACCUAUCUGCGUUGACGCUGCCGUGGGCGGCCGCGUGUCAAAGUUGCCAGGACGCGGUGCGCGGCAAGGCUCGUCGGCUCCGGGCCGGAUGGGAGAAGUGCCGAGGCUGCGCGGCUUUUCUGCCCACGUCUUCUGCCGUCUACAUCAACCAACGCUGCCCCAACUGCGCGGCAGAUCGCAAACGGGGCGAACGUACUUGUCUCAGAUGCAAGAGGCAAUGGAGCGAGAAUUCGGCGGAAGAACAGAUCCGCAAACGAUUCUGCCCGAAUUGCCGCCAGGGUAGAUCUUGGAGAGCGAUUUUAAAUGAAGGCGGCAAAAAGCAAAUGCGCGAUUGGGUCUUGCCUUGUUGGCGCGCGGCGCAGCAAUUUGAAUGCGACAUUCCCAGCAUUGCGCGGCUCUUUGACCUGCUAGCUCAUCAGCUUCAAAAUGCGUGGGGCCGCGUUGGGCCCGCGCUAUGUUUUCGAGAUGUCGCCAAGGCGCGGAGAGCGCGCUAG